AGGCGGAAUGUCGAGAAUGCUGGAGCCUGCCUCUUGUCCGAAAGCGCUGCGGUUCUUGAGUUAAAUUGGCCAAACGGACUCGCAAAACCUCCGGGACGGAUGUUUACCGCGCAGAAGCAAUUAAAAAGAGAAACGCGGGACCGGGAAAUUGUGCUUUUUUCUUCUGUACAGAGUCAUCCUUCCCCCCCACACACACACAAUCGGAAGAGAAUUCAGGGAUUGUUUUUCUCAGCUUCUCAGUCUAGCCUAGAUUUCCCUGGUGAUUUCUUUUCCAAGUAUCAGACAAGCCCAAUCCUGUUUAUCUUCUCGGCUGAGAUAAGGUUGGUCAAGGACUACUAUCUCUACAGAAAAAAGGUAAAGGCUUCCCUAUUCUGUCCUGGGCUCACCUCUGCUACUUGGCUGAGGGAGACAACAUUGUCUGAAGACAUUUUCCAUGGUCAUGUGGCCAUCAUGGCUAUAUGCACAUUUCCACCGAAAUGGCCAAGAUUCAGUGUUGCAUCUUGAAACAUCUGUCCACCAGGUGGGAAUUCGUCAGCAUUCUUGUUAAACUAGAACAUCCUCAGGAUGUCUGGAAUCUCGUUUGCCCCUUCAAAUGCAUCUACAGGCUCAGUGGACUCUGAAGAAAUUUACAAGACACGAAUGUUAUCUCAGCAAACUGGAGAUGUGUUUACAAUAUCCUCUGCUAAGUCUAGUUCUGGACAAGGUACCAAGUCAACUCCUCCUCAAGACAGAGGCCUGCUCUUGGAACAAAACCCAUUCAAAAUCCCUGCAGAUAUUGAUAUUUUUUUGCUGCGAGAUAAGCAGAAAGAAAAGGCCAGGAUGGAGCGAGAGCGACGGAAGACUCUGAAAGUCCAUGAGAAGAUGACUUGCUCCACUCUGCAGAGUGCCAAGCAGUCAGGAUUCAAGAAAGCGAUCGAAAUGGAAGAAGAAGCUGAGGACAAGGAGUUAGCAGCAGAAGCCGAACGACUCAAAGCUCUCCGAGAAAGCCUCUCCUGGAAGAUAGCAAUUACUAAAGACCAGGUUGUAGAGAGAGAAACCAUGCAUGAUUACAUCAAUCAGAAACGGCAGAUGUUCUUGCUGCAGUAUGCUGUUACUGUGAAAAAAGAUGAAAUUCAGAAACUGGAAAAUCUGGCUGUGGAAGAAGAAGCCAAGCUGGAAAAAGCUGAGGAAGACUUGGAAAAGGACGCCGCCAUGUUUGAUGAGUUCCUGAAAGAGAAUGACAGAAACUCUGUCCAAGCCCUGAAAAUUGCUGAAAAAGAAACCAAAGCAAAACUGGAGAAAAUAAUUGAGAUCCGAGAAUUGACAGCGCAAAUGAUGAACAUCCAAAGUGAGAUAGCCCGGUUUGAGGACACUUUGCAGGAGUACGUGGUGUUCAAGGAUUUCCUCUAUCAACUGUCUCCCAAAGAAUGGCGGGAAGAUCAUGAAAGACGACGGAUGAAAGAAAAGGCGAAUAAAGACAAUUCUGAGAAUAAAGAUGAAAAAUCACUGUCAAAAGAUUCAGGGAAGGAUCUUCAAGAUUUUCAAGACAAGAGCCGACGUCGAAAACAUUCUAGUUUUGAUGUGGCUAACAUAGAGCCUCCCUCUUCUAGAACACCAAGCCAAGUUUUGUCUAGAAAGGAGUCUUUCAAAUUAAGCAGAGUAUCUUCUAGGCAGACUCUAAAGUCUCAACAGAACAGGAAACCGAGUGUACAGAUUGCCCCAUCAGAAGAAAAAUUUACUCCAGAAUUAUCUGAUGAAGAUGAUGAUGAGGUACCUGAAUUAGACUUUACAGAUCCACAGCAGCUGCUGCAGCUUUUCACAGAGCUGGAAGAACAGAACCUGUCUCUGAUUCAGAAUUCUCAGGAGACAGAGGAAACUUUGGAUGAGCUCCGGCACACUUUGGUUAACACGCGCAAUAAAAUGGAUCGUGAAAUAGAACAGCUGAAAUUGCUUGCUGUCACUCUGCAAGCCAACAUUGUUAAAGAGGAGGAGACCGCCGCAGACCUGGAACUUAAAGCACGCGUCUUUUCUUUUGGGGAGUACAAAGCAGAUGUUCAGGACAAAAUGUUGGUGAGUUUGCAUCGAAAGGUGCUGGAAGUCUAUCGUCGCUGCAUUGGAGAGAAUGAGGCAAACCUAGGAACUUUGCAGAUGCUCACUGUUAUCGAACACCAGUUAGAUGACUUAUUAGAAUGCCUUGAGAGGGUACCUCCAGGAAAGAUAGAACAGGCUGAGAAAGCCAAAGAGAAAGAACGAAGGAUGAGGAUGAGAGAAGAAAAGAUAAGGCAGCAGAGACAGUUGCAAGAGGAGAGGCUGCAGCGGGCCCUGGCAAGAGCACAAGCUGAUGUUAAGAAGAAGACUGGCCGAAGAUUAAUUUUUCGUUCUGAGCCUCCCGCUUUCAAGGAGAAAGAAGAUGAGGAUCAGGGGCUGAUCGAUAAAGAAAAAGAAGAGCUGCUCUAUUACUUUACCUAGCAGUUGAAAGCUGCUAGACAUUAUGAAGCAUACCGCAAAUGACAAUCUUAACAAGAAAAUGUUUCAACAGAUAACUCUGCAAAUUUGGGGAGAAAGCUAACUCUAUCCUAAGUAUAGCAACAUACAAUAGAUCAAAAUAUAGACGACAUCUUUUCAUAAUUGUAAGUCAGAAAUCCAAAUGUUGCUCAAUUUCUUUUGUCAAUAAAUGAAAACUUAGUGAUAGAAAACAAUGUCUACCAAAGUGACCAAAGAUCACAAAUUAAAGUCUUGCAGCUAGGAAAAUAGAUAUAUCAGUGACAAAUAUGAUUUAAAAAAAAAUUCUAUCUUCAAUAUGAGAUUCAAUUUUUUUGUAAUUAAGCAGAUUCUAUGGAUAUCACAAAAAUAAAAGUUGAAAUGAAGAAACUGGACAUUAAUUAAUUUUAUUAGUCCUUUUAACUCCGUGAUUAUAAAUAUCCAUUGCCAGCAAUGGACUUUGCCAGAAUAAAUCUAAUGCUUGCUCUCAAGCAAUUAGAAAUUUACAAUGAGAGUUAAAACUGAGUAUAUAAACUUCAUAAAAGAACACAUUUGUCUGUCCAAGAAAAGCAAUUACUUAUUUUUCAAUAAGCAAGACUCCGUAAAACAGAAGCACCACAACAAAUGGAUACAAUUCACAUUCUUACCAAGUUAGGGAUCCUCUUUGAGUUAAAAAGAAUUGAGUGGUCUGCCCCAUACUUAGUAGGAAAUGGAAGCCACGCCUACUAUGGAAAUCACAAAAUGUUGUUUUUUUUACUCAAAGAAAAGGAAUAAGGAAUGAACAGGCUUCUUCUGGUCCACCUAUUUAAUCUAAAUCUACCUGUGUAUCUUUAUAACAGACAGGUGUGCUUGCAUUACAGUUUACAGAGGAUCACAAUCACAGUAAGUGUGUGAACUAUUCCACUGAGUUUUUGAAGUGACAAUUGUUGAGGGCAAAAUGCCCCCAUUCAUCUUGAAAACUGAACCUUGGUGAUAGAAAGAAAAGACAAGAUGUUUAAAAAUAAGCAAUUUCUUCACUUUCUCCACUGAGAGGUUUUAUAUCAGAAAUGAAAAUAAUUUGUUUUGAUAAUGUAAAUGUAUAGUAAUAGGUCAAGAUAGUCCGGUAAAUGUUUUACGGUCAAUGAAAAAUACCCACCCAAGAUUUUCUUUUUUCUAAAAAAAAAAAAAAAAAAAAAAAAAA